AAAACAAAAAAGAAAAAGUCAGCAGGCCACAAAAGUCCUUCCAGUUCAGGAGGAGGAGAAAGAACAGAGACGACUACUCUCUUUACCCUCUCAAUCUCCCAGAAAAUCCUCAAAAAUGGAUUCAAAACCCUAAUUUCUACUUUCUCCCCCAAAAUCAUACUCUCCAUCAAAUCUAACCGUUUAAUUUAGUGAAGAUGGGUAAAAACGGACGGCUCAGAUGGAACCCUUUCAGCCACAAAUCGACUUCCUCCUCCUCCUCUUCAUCUACACGACAACAGCAACAACAACAACAACCUCCGAUUGAAUUCAUCUGUCCGAUUUCGAAAACCAUAAUGUCCGACCCCGUCGUCGUAUCUUCCGGUCAAACCUUCGAACGUGUCUCUGUUCAAGUCUGUCUCGACUUAGCCUUCAUCCCCAAACUCACCGACCACGACGACGACGACUCUCCACCAGAUUUCUCCACCGUAAUCCCUAACCGCAACAUGAAAUCGACCAUCGACGGCUGGUGCGACUCCGUCGGCGUCGAACGUCCUCAUCCGCCGGAUUACUCCGCCGUCGAAACCAAUCUCCGGCAACAGAUGCCUCCCUCCUCGGAGGUGGAGAUUCGCGUCUCGGAGCAGGAGCUUCUAAGAGCUGUAGCCGACCGAGCUCCGGUGAUAUACCACCACGCUGACUCAGAGCUCAUGAACCGGAGGAGACUCGACAACUCAAGCUCUUCGGAUGAAUCGGUAAUCGUGGCCCACCAAAGCCCAUUUAUCACUCCUCUUCCUCUAACCACCAGGCCCGCUUGCUUCUCCCCUUCCUCUUCCUCCUCCGAAAUCGAAAUUCUGAACUAUUCUCCAGAAGAGGAAGAGAUCUACACCAAGCUGAAAAGCUCCGACGUGUUCGACCAAGAACAAGGUUUAAUCAUGAUGAGGAAGAUGACUCGGACCAAAGACGAAGCUAGGGUUUCGCUGUGCUCUUCCAGGAUCCUCUCUCUCCUCAAGUUUAUGAUCGUUUCGAGAUAUAGUUUAGUGCAGACGAACUCUCUUGCUUCUCUAGUGAAUCUGUCUCUGGAGAAGACUAAUAAGUUGACGAUCGUACGGUUAGGAUUCGUCCCUUUAUUGAUAGACGUUUUGAAAUCUGGUUCUAAGGAGGCGCAGGAACAUGCAGCCGGGUCGAUAUUUAGUCUCUCGUUGGAAGACGAUAAUAAAAUGCCGAUUGGAGUUUUGGGCGCGCUUCAGCCGCUUCUCCACGCGCUUAGAGCGGCGGAGAGUGACCGUACGCGCCACGACGCGGGUUUGGCUCUGUAUCAUUUGUCUUUGAACCAGACGAAUAGGUUGAAGCUGGUGAGGCUUGGAGCUGUACCGGUUCUUUUCUCGUUGGUUCGGUCUGGUGAGUCAGCGAGUAGAGCGCUUUUGGUUAUUUGUAACUUGGCUUGCUGUAGCGAGGGGCGGUCGGCGAUGCUCGAUGCCAACGCGGUGGCGAUUCUUGUAGGGAAGCUGAGGGAGGAGGAGAGGAGGAGGGAGGAGAGUCGGUCUUCGGCGGCGGCGAGGGAGAAUUGCGUGGCGGCGUUGUUCGCUUUGAGUCAUGAGAGUUUGAGGUUCAAGGGGUUGGCUAAGGAGGCGAGGGUGGUGGAAGUGUUGAAGGAAGUUGAAGAGAGAGGGACGGAGAGAGCGAGGGAGAAGGCGAGGAAGAUUCUUCAGUUGAUGAGGGAGAGAGUUCCGGAGGAGGAUGAUGAUGAUGGUGAAGGGACGGUUGAUUGGGACAGAGUUAUUCUUGACUCCAACGGGUCGAUUCGGUCGAGGUUUAGAGAUGGUGGUGGUGGUCGGAACAGAAUGGUCACUCAGAAUUCUUCUGGCUUCUAAUGAGUCACAUUUUAUUUGUUCUUUCAUGCUUUGUUGUAUAGAGAGAAAAACUGAAGAAAAAAAAAGUUGGAAAAUAUUUGUGAUGAUUUUUUUGUAACCUUGUAAUGAUAUGAUGACUCUAGAAGAAUUGACAAAGAAAGUGUGAGUGAUGUAAAUAUGAUGUGUUAUGUGUAUAUUGUAACAUAAACAUUACAUUAAGCUUACCAAUGUGAAGCAAACUUGCCU